AGGUUUGCGAAGGCGACGGCGCGCCGUUGGUGUCAUGCGGAAGAUGGCGGCGUCCAAGGGAGGCUGAGGGCUUUGAGGAAGCGGUGAGAGGUUUCCGUACAGCCCGAACGUGCGGUUUUGGGGGUCCCUUCGCUCUGUGUUUCCUGCUCCAGGUUUCGCGUCGCGCAUCUUCCCAGACCCUCGGGCGCGAUGUGGAGGAGCUGCCUCCGGCUGCGGGACGGGGGACGCCGUCUCCUGAAUCGGCCUGCGGGUGGUCCCUGCGCUUCUAUGAGUCCGGGGCCAACCAUCCCGUCUCCAGCCCGGGCUUACGCCCCGCCGACAGAAAGGAAGAGGUUUUAUCAGAAUGUCAGCAUCACACAGGGUGAAGGUGGCUUUGAGAUAAACCUGGACCAGAGGAAGCUGAAAACUCCCCAAGCCAAGCUCUUUACUGUCCCCAGUGAGGCCCUGGCCAUUGCAGUGGCCACUGAAUGGGAUUCCCAGCAGGAUACCAUCAAGUACUACACCAUGCACCUGACCACAUUGUGCAACACAUCCUUGGACAACCCAACCCAGAGAAACAAGGAUCAGCUGAUCCGGGCAGCCGUGAAGUUUCUGGACACUGACACCAUCUGCUACAGGGUGGAGGAGCCUGAGACAUUAGUGGAACUUCAAAGGAAUGAGUGGGAUCCAAUCAUCGAAUGGGCUGAGAAAAGCCCUUUUCCUUUCAGAUACGGCGUGGAGAUCAACUCCUCCACCAGCAUAAUGGGACCCAGCAUCCCCGCCAAGACUCGGGAGGUGCUCGUCAGCCACCUGGCAUCUUACAACACGUGGGCUUUACAAGGGAUUGAGUUUGUAGCUGCCCAGCUCAAGUCCCUGGUGCUGACCUUGGGCCUGACUGACCUGCACCUGACAGUGGAGCAGGCUGUGCUGCUGUCACGCCUGGAGGAGGAGUACCAGAUCCAGAAGUGGGGCAACAUUGAGUGGGCCCAUGACUACGAGCUGCAGGAGCUGCGGGCCCGCACCGCUGCCGGCACCCUCUUCAUCCAUCUCUGCUCCGAGAGCACCACAGUCAAGCACAAGCUCCUGAACGAGUGAGGCCUGGGCAGCACACACUCAGCAGGAUAGAGGCAGCGCAGCCACAGCUCCCCCAACCUUCAGGGCUCCUCAGCCUGUGGGGCUGACUUCCUUGACUUUUGGGGCCUCGGCCUCAGCAUCACCCUGAGAUUUCCCCGAAACACAGUGCGCUAGUGCGACUGUCCGGAGGUCAGCCUGAUUUCAAACCAGGUGCCCCUGGCCUGGUCAGCAAUGAAUGUGGGAGAUGAAUUGUACAACUAACUUUCUCUCAACCCUGAUUUUAUUAAAUAUUUCUCCACCCUGGAAAUGUGCUGAGCCCUGUUUUCACGUACACUUCUGCACUUCUCCAUUCUUCCUGUUUUGUCUAGGUUCCAGAGGGUUAAACAGCUUAUCUCCCAUGGCAUGUUUGGAUAUCUGCUGCCUGUGGUUCUGGAACCUUGUGCUGGGGAAACAGUCAUGUUAUCCACAGACAAUUCUAUUUGUGUUCUUCAGCCUCAACUUGAAGGCUUUUUUUGGCUGGCUUUUAAUCAAUCUUUUGAAA